AUGCAUUCACCUUCAUUUCCACAGCUCUUUAAAACACAAACUUCAAAAGAAAUAUCAAUUCCUACUACCAAAUUAAAAAUUUUUCUCAUCCAAACGGCGAUGGGUCUUUAUAGUGCAUCCGGUGGUUAUAAAGCAAACCUUUGUUUUUUGGCCGCUCUAUCGUCACAGGUCGAGUAUAGUGAAGAAAAAUGUUCAUUUGGAGAUAAAAAUAACCAUGUUACUAUUUAUCGAUUCAUUUGGAAUAAUGUCGAAAUCGUGGGUCUUGAGCUAGACGAAUAUCUCAAGAUAUUCCCGAAAAGCACACUUUUUCAUCCGCUCAAAUAUGUCGAAGAACGAAUAACGCGUUGGUUAGAGCAUCUUCCAUUCGGUCCAUAUAGUGGCGCACCAGGAUUCGAUAGCCCAACGUCCCUGAUUGAACAUAAGAGGUUAAAAAAGAUUGAAGGUGUAUGGGCGGUUAGUCGUGCGAUUAAACAUUAUAUCGAAAUCUAUGGAGAAGGGGUUCUCGCUACUUACCUUCCUUUACAUCCAACAACUUUUGGUGAACCACCUUUUAAGAAGUAUCACAAUUUUGAUGCGCCUUACGUUUUAAUCCCUAAUCCUGCUAGCAUAAAGGGUUAUGCUAUUUUCAAAGAGUUGACAGAAAAAAUGCCAGACAUUCAGUUCGCCGCAGUUAAAAAUUGGGGCGUUAGUGAAUAUCAACUAAAAGAAAUGGAAAAUACUGAAAACAUCAUGUAUGAAGCUUUUGGAAUAGUGGUCGUGGAAGCAAUGUUACGCGGUAUACCCGUGAUUUGUUCUGACGCAGGAGGUCUACCCGAAGCGAAAUGUGGUGUCACCUUUGGCACAAUACACGUAAACAUAACUUGUGGUGAACGUGAAAGUGACGAAAGUAUUAUUGAAAAAACGGGUGUAUAUAAAAUUCCACCUCAAAAUAUUGAGCCAUGGAUUCAAUCUCUAAGACACUUGAUUAAUAACCGUGAAGCUUAUGAGAAGAUUGGUCAAGAAUGUCGUGAAAAAGCAAUUGCAUUCAUUGAAAGCAUCAACAUUGAAAUUUACGAAAAAUGGCUUAAAAAUAGAACUUAG